UUUCACGUUCUGCUCGGAGCGGCUGUUCUGUCUGAUCCACCAUUCUAGAGGUUGUCAGGUCAGCAUCCAAGAUGGGUUGGGAAGCACCAAACUGGAGAAUCGGAGACUACCCGUCUCACUACAAUCAGAAAGUCCACGGACCUUACGAUCCCGCACGAUUCUAUGGAAAGCCCGACACCGCUCUCAGCCAGGUGAAACUGGGUGAGCUGUCUGGAUGGCUGAUGCGCCGCAACUUCCACCCCAGGGCUAUUGUGCAGGCCGGCAGCCGUGGCAUCUGGCGGUGGAGGCAGAAGUAUGUGCUUCCCAUCAGGGGUAACGCUUGCUGGGUGUACCAGGCUAUGGCUGGCAUUUCCCUUUUCAU